UGGUCUCAGCUGAGCGACAUGUCGAACCCGCGGCGGGAGAGUCCGGGUCCAGGUCCUGAGGUGGUCGGGGGGGCGUGUCCCCACAAGCUUGGCUCCGCCCACCGUCUCCGGCUCCUCCUCUUCAUCGUGGUUCCCGCCGUCGGGCUGCUGGUCCUGGUCCUGGUCCUGGUCCCGGUCCUGGUCCUGGUCCUCACAGGUAUUUUCGGCUCCAGCCUCCUGGACUUGGCGCCGCUGCCGUCCCCGGAGCCCAUCGCCAGCCAUGACCCCGGUUACCACAGCAACAGCACAAACAGCCAUGACCCUGGUUACCACAGCAACAGCACAAACAGCCAUGACCCUGGUUACCACGGCAACAGCACAAGCAGCCCCGCCCCCUCCUCCUCCUCCUCCUCGGCCGCGGCCACUUUGUUGGAGGCAGAAACUCUAACGUCUCCGUCUCUGAGGAAUCACAGCGAUGACAUCACGGACCAGGCCACGCCCACCCCAGCUUCCUCCCAUCAGGCUCCGCCCACUCAGCCCUCCACCAAGCUUCCUGAUUGGCUGGCACCGAUCAGCACUGCCUGGCCCAAGAGCAGCACCACGGCAGCACCUGAUACAGGUGGCUGUCAGCUGAUCAUGGAGCCUCAGUGUCACAUGCUGCCCUACAACCAGACGUGGUUGUCGUCCUCCGUUGCCGUGGUGAAGAGCUCGGAGGUGGACAUGUUGCUACGGUUCUUCAGCUACCUCAGCAGACUCUCCUGCUACAGGCACAUCAUGCUGUUCGGCUGCUCGCUGGCGCUCCCAGAAUGCAUCGCUGCCGACGGCUCGCACAACAGGACCGCGGUGCUCCCUUGCUCGUCCUUCUGCGAGGCGGCGAGGGAGGGCUGUGAGCCGGUGCUGCAGAUGUUCAACGCCUCCUGGCCCGAAUUCCUGCGCUGCUCGCAGUUCAGCAACGCCACCGUGGCUCCGCCCCCUUCUGUGUUGGCUCCGCCCCCUUCUGUCAUGGCCCCGCCCCCGUCAGUUCUGGCCACGCCCCCAGCGGUCCUGGCCCCGGCCCCGCCCCUCAUAGCGGCCGAAGCCCCGGCGCCGUGUUUCUCCCCUCGCCAGACCAGAGGGAAGCCUGCGGUGUGCGGGGGGAGGGACCACUUCCUGUGUGCGACGGGGGUUUGUGUCCCCCAGAAACUGGUGUGUAACGGAUUCAACGACUGUGACGACUGGAGUGAUGAGACGCACUGUGACUGCGCAGCAGGAAGGUUCCAGUGUAAAACGGGUCGCUGCCUGGAGACGGAUCUGCUCUGUGACGGUUACGACGACUGUGGAGACCUGAGUGACGAGCUGGGCUGUGAGUGCGACCCGGCCCGGCAGCACCGCUGCGGCGACGGCCGCUGCGUUUCCAGGGACUGGCUGUGUGACGGAGACCUCGACUGUCUGGACAAGAGCGACGAGCUCAACUGCUCCUGUCAGAGCCAGGGCCUGCUGGAGUGCAGCAACGGCCAGUGCAUCCCUUCUGCGUUUCGCUGCGACGGAGAAGACGACUGCAGAGACGGCAGCGACGAGGAGCACUGCAGCCGAGAGCACCCCCAGAGUGGGUGUGUUCCCACUCCGCCCGGCUGCGUUUCCACUUCCUGUCCUGCCUGUGUGGGGGGCGGCGCUGCCUGCGACCCUCGAACCAGCAACUGCACUCGCUGCGAGCCCAUCAGCCUGGAGCUGUGCAUGAACCUGCCCUACAACCUGACCAGCUUCCCCAACUUCCUGGGCCACCAGUCCCAGCGGGAGAGCUCCGUGUCCUGGGAGGCCUCGCUGUUCCCGGCGCUGGUCCAGACCGGCUGCUACCAGUACCUCAUGUUCUACGCCUGCACCCUGCUGGUGCCGCGCUGCGACCCGCUCAGCAUGGCCAAGGUGCCGCCCUGCAGGUCGCUGUGUCGGAACGCCAAGGAGAAGUGUGAGUCGGUGCUUGGCAUCGUGGGACUGCAGUGGCCGGAGGACUCGGACUGCACUCAGUUCCCGGAGGAGGGCAGCAACACCACCUGCCUGCUGCCAGAGGACGGCGUCGACGAGUGCUCCCCCAGUCACUUCAAGUGUCGCUCGGGACGCUGCGUCCUGGCGACCAAGCGCUGCGACGGACACCUGGACUGCGACGACCACAGCGACGAGGACAACUGCGGCUGCUCUGAGCGCGCUCUGUGGGAGUGUCCCGGCAGCAAGGUGUGCAUCAAGUCCAGCAUGAUCUGCGACGGAUUCCCAGACUGCCCUCUGCUGGUGGACGAGGCCAACUGCUCGGUGUGCAGGGACAACGAAGUGGCCUGUAACAACCACCAGUGCGUCCACCGGACUCUGUGGUGCGACGGGAGGAAGCACUGCUCCGACAGCUCCGACGAGUGGAACUGCGUUUCUCUGUCGGAGCGAUCGGUGCUGACGGUGUUCAGGACGGCAGCCGAGUAUCAGGUCUGUGCAGACGAGUGGAACCACGAGCUGAGCAGACUGACCUGCGAGCAGCUGGGACUAGGGGUUCCUGCCUCCGUUUCCAUGGUACCAGACCAGCCCGGUCCAGGCCGUCGCCGUUGGUUACACGUCCAUCCCGAAUGGAACCUGAGAAACGGUUCUGCCCUGCAGGCCCGGCUGGAGAAGAGAAGUCACUCGUGUCCGUCCAGUCGGAGGGUCUCUCUUCUCUGCUCCACGGAAGACUGCGGGCUCCGCCCCGCGGUGGGCGUGGCCCCCCACCGGAAGAGGCGGAUCCUGGGGGGCCGGGUGGCCCGGAAGGGGGCGUGGCCCUGGCAGUGCUCGCUGCAGAGCGGCCACAGCGGCCACGUGUGCGGCUGCGUCCUGAUUGGCCGGCGGUGGGCUCUGACGGUAGCCCACUGCUUCGAGGGGGAGGGGGCGGAGCUCUGGACCGUGGUCCUGGGCCGGACCAACCUGGACCACCCCGGCCCCCACAGCCAGACCGUUAGCGUGCGGCGCGUGGUGGUUCACCCGCGCUACAACCGCGCCGUGGUGGAUUACGACAUCGGCGUGGUGCAGCUGGACGCCGCCGUGGACGAGACGCCCUUCGUCAGGCCCGUGUGUCUGCCGCGGCCCGGACAGCUGCCCCCCCCCGACGCCUACUGCCGGGUGACGGGCUGGGGCCACACGGGGCAGCGCAUGCCGUUCAAGCUGCAGGAGGGCGAGGUCCGCAUCAUCUCUCCGUCCCAGUGCCAGUCCUACUUCGACAUGAAGACCAUAACUCCCAGGAUGCUUUGCGCCGGAUAUGAAGCUGGAACGGUGGACUCCUGCAUGGGCGACAGCGGCGGCCCGCUGGUGUGUGAGGCCCAGGACGGCAGCGGACGCUGGACUCUGUUCGGCCUGACGUCGUGGGGCAGCGUCUGCUUCAGCAAAGUCCUUGGACCCGGAGUUUACAGCAACGUGACUCACUUCACCCCCUGGAUCCAGCAGCAGGUCUACAUCCACACCUACCUGACGGACUGACGCUAGCGCAGGAAGUGAGGUUGCCGUCAGCCCGACACACCUUCAGCUCCUCUACCUGUGCCUAUAUCUAUGUGGAGAGUCUUCACCUGCAACCUGCUGUACAGGCAGCGGGCCGCUAACAAGCUAGUAGACGAGUAGAGCUCACAUAAAACACAGAACCAGAGAUCUAGGUUCAUCAGCGCUGGCUUUUGUGUUCCCUAACUGGCGCAAAUAGAAACCAGUACCAUUUAACCACCAGAUAAGUGCCAGAUAAACCAUUAAACCACCAGUUAGUACCAGAUAAACCAUUAAACCACCGGUUACUACCAGAUAAACCAUUAAACCACCGGUUACUACCAGAUAAACCAUUAAACCACCGCUUAGUACCAGAUAAACCAUUUAACCACCGGUUACUACCAGAUAAACCAUUAAACCACCGCUUAGUACCAGAUAAACCAUUUAACCACCGGCUAGUACCAGAUAAACCCUUAAACCACUGUUUGGUACCAGAUAAACCAUUAAACCACCAGUUACUACCAGAUAAACCAUUAAACCACGAGUUAGUACCAGAUAAACCAUUAAACCACGAGUUAGUACCAGAUAAACCAUUAAACC